AUGCACAAAGACAAAGAGGACAUCCACGGGCACAGGCGGGAACAUUCACCGUACGAUCACGCGAUGCCGGACGGCGAGAUGUUCCUUCAGGCCCUCAAUGGAUUCCUGAUGAUUCUCACGUGCGAAGGCGAGGUGUUCUUCGCGACGCAUAGCAUCGAGAGUUACUUAGGCUUCCAUCAGUCAGAUAUAGUACAUCAAUCGGUAUACGAGCUGGUUCACUCGGAAGAUCGGGAAGAGCUACAGAGGCAGUUGCUCUGGAACUCGUUUCUGCCACCAGAAGUGAGCAACUUGACGCUGCAGGAUGUUCUUCGACCGGAUCGGACACAUUUGCUGGAGAGGAGUUUCACUGUCCGGUUUAGAUGUCUUCUAGAUAAUACUUCAGGUUUUUUAAGAUUAGACAUACGGGGUCGGAUCAAGGUGCUCCAUGGUCAGAACAAGAAGACAGAGGAGCCGCCCUUAGCACUCUUCGCAAUUUGUGCACCCUUCGGCCCUCCUAGCUUACUUGAAAUCCCUCAAAAGGAAGUCAUGUUCAAGAGCAAGCACAAGCUCGAUCUUUCUCUAGUCUCGAUGGAUCAAAGGGGUAAAAUGCUAUUAGGAUAUACUGAUGCAGAGUUAGCAAAUAUGGGUGGCUACGACUUAGUACAUUAUGAUGAUUUAGCUUAUGUCGCAAGCGCUCAUCAAGAAUUAUUAAAAACAGGUGCUUCCGGGAUGAUUGCGUAUCGCUUCCAGACGAAAGAUGGUCAGUGGCAAUGGCUACAGACUUCGUCGCGGCUCGUCUAUAAGAACUCCAAGCCAGACUUCGUCAUCAGUACGCAUCGCCCUCUUAUGGAGGAGGAAGGUCGAGAUUUACUAGGAAAAAGAACAAUGGAUUUCAAAGUUAGCUACCUCGAUACCGGCCUGACCAGCUUAUAUUUCUCGGAGUCGGAGCAGCUGUCCGGCUGUGAAACGGGCAUCACGACGCCACCGAAAGCGGCGCGGAGAUACAAAACGCAGCUGCGGGAUUUCCUGUCGACGUGCAGAAAUAAGAGACGGGUGCCGACGACGCCGGCGCCCCCGCCCGUCGACUAUCUAGCGGCGGACGCCGUCGCAGCGGCGUACACGAAUCUAAACGGCGCGUACACGGCCCCCUACGGGGAGUACCCGCCGGCGCCGACGCUGCACUACGCUCCGCCGCCGCUGGACGACAGAUUUUUAACAGCGGACAACCUCUUCCACCAGUAUAAACCUCUUUCGUACCACUAUACACCUUACGCGCCGAACGGGUUUUUAGAACCGGCGCCACCGCCCGGGUAUGAAGUCGCGCCGUACCACAGGCCGCCGUCGCGGGAGUACACUUAUGUGGACGGAGGAGGGAGGUACAUGAGCCCGGUGACGGGGCAGGAGCGGCGGUCGCCGGGCGCGGUGGCGGGGCCGAGCCCGGGCGCGUCGGGCGGGUCGGGGGCGUCGAGCGGGUCGGUGGAGCAGGAGCGGCUGCAGCAGUCGCAGCAGGCGGCGGAGAUGCCGCGCCAGACCGUGCUCAUGUGGGGCGCGGGCGGCGCCGCGCAGGAGGUGCCCGUCGAGUACUCGCCGCCGCAGGUUUGGCGCUACCACCCUUCGCACUACCACACCGCUGAGGCGACCCAGUGA